AUGAGUGAUGACAAACUGGAUCCACCUAGCCCUUAUAUUAAUGCAGACAGUAUUUCACAAACGUGUAUUCAGCAUUUGGAACCAUUUUGUAGCCGUUGUAUAGUUCACACUGUCGAGUCGGAUUUAUUGCCUAUAUCUGAGAUAUCCCAAUCACCUAGCCUAGAUUUGUUUGGAGAACCAAUAACAUCGAGUCCGUAUAAAGAUUCUCCACCUAUUGGUAGGAUAAAAAUAAAUACCCCAUCCUGUUCCUGGAAGAAUAGUGAAUCUUCUAAUUCCAUUCAGCAAAUUUGCCCUCAUACGGACAGCGGGUUUUCUAGUUGGACUGGAGUUGGCGAUUCAAAAACAAGAUCACCACCAAAUUUAGUUCCAUCUUGUUGUGCCUUGCCUCAUUCUGUUUACGCACCAUUGACAUCAUCCAACCGUGAUAGUGAUUUUAUGUUCAGUCAAUCUGGUGAAGAUCUUUUGUCUUGGGACCCAGAAAAUCUAAACGAGUCAGACGUUAAUUCCAGAAGUUUUGGUACUAACCCAGGUCCAUGUUUGAGUAACCUGCCAUGUGCUAACGAUUUGAAUGAAGAGCUUUCAGAUAGGAUGUUUGUAAGAAGCAUGGGUGAUAUGGUGAAAAAUCCACCUACUUGGUCGGCUCCAUGGCCUUGUUCAAAUACAUAUUCUUCUUGCGCAUAUACCAUGUAA